UGGAUAUUGGCACACGUGGCAAUGCCGGAGGCUUUCUGGCGGGAACGCAAGGCUUCUCAGUCAGUUACACGUGACAACGCCUGGAUCAAGGGAUAAACAAUCAUGUCUGUCGAGCGAAUCAAGUGAUGGAGGACGACUGCUCUUCAUCGUUCCUUGCCCGGCAGUUGUCGUUGGUUGGACGGUGGCGAUCCCGAUCGUUGGUUCGGAAGCUCGAGAACGAGGUUUGGACCAGCUUCGGAAGCUCGAAGAGGUUGGACCAGGGUUGGAAGCUCGAGGAGGUUUGGAACAGGUUCGAGAGCUCGACGAAGUUGGACCAGGGUUGCAAGCUCGAGGAGGGGGCGGUGUGGAACAGGUUCGGAAGCUCGAAGAGGUUUGGACCAGGGUCGGAAGCUCGAGAACGAGGCUUGCACCAGGUUCGGAAGCUAGAGGAGGUUGGACCAGGAGGUUGGAGCCUCGAUAAGGAGGUUUGGAACAAGUUCGAGCUCGAGGAGAAGAUUGGACAGGCUCGAGAAGGAGGUUUGGAACAGGUUCCGAAGGUCGAGGAGAGGGGGUUUAGAACAGGUUCGGAAGCUAGAGGAGGUUUCGACCGGAUUCGCAAGGUCGUGGAACGAGACGAGGUUUGGACCACAGGUUCGGUAGCGGCGGAGGACCAGCCUUGCAAGCGCUUAGUCGACUGUGGACCAGACCCAGCCCUCGGAGGCAUGGCCGGAGAGCCUGGGUGCCAGACGCGGGGUGGGUUGGAUCGCCGCAUUGGUUCAGGGUAUCAGAAUCCGACUGAUGGGACGCACGCUGGUGUAAAUUUUGGGGGCGGGAAGAUUGAAGUGAAGAUGAAGGAACGAUUGGGAUUUUUGAUUGUACGGACUCUGGAGAUUGAUGGUACGGAUGUACGGACUCUGGAGAUUGAUGGUACGGAUGUACGGACUCUGGAGAUUGAUGAUACGGAUGCGGAAGAUUGAUUGUACAGAUGUGCUGGAGAUUGAUUGAUUGAUUGUACGGAUUCUGGGGAUUGAUUGUAUGGUUUAUUUCUUGCCUUGGCCUUUGAAAGAUUGAAGUGAAGAUGAAUGAACAGUUAGGACUGAU